UUAGAGUCCAAUUCUGUCGCUGUCUUCGCAGUAAACUAUAUCCAGAAUCACAGUAAUCGUUUCAUUGCGGCUGAGUUCUGUACUGAAAUAGCGAGGAUAUUCGCGAUUCUCAAUGUGAAAACGGUUGCCGAAUUCGAAAAGGCAAUAGAAGCACUUCGAAAUGAACCAACCACUGGUACUGCUGAAAUUGAAUACUUUGAAGCCAUUAUGAAAAGCUGGGAAGAAUUCAUUGACGGAAUCGAGAAAACUUUGGUGGAGAAAGUUGGUCCAUCAAUGACGAAUACUGAUAAAGAUAUGCUUCCCGAACUUGGAAUAGAAAAUAAGACUAUUUCACUUUAUGUGAAGGGAAGCGCGUUCGAUAUGGUGUUGUUAUUUAUUAGUUUCUCUGUUUUUAGGUCGUUUACUUCAGCGUCCGUUAUGAACCACAUUAUGGAACUUUGCAAUAAAAUUCCAGAAUUUCGUAAACUAGGUUGCGAUGUAUGUUUACUGACCAGGGGACCGCCAAUGGGCGUCAGAGGUGGGUCGUACAUCAAGCUGAUUGGUGAGCCAUUUCGAAAAUUGUACGACGAUAAUGAAGCUUUGGCUGAGUUGAAAUGCCAUCGACGUCCAGCUAUGGAUCGUGUCGGAUGGAAUGCUUUACUUCAGGUAAAAAGAGUUCGCUCAAGCUUUUUUAAUUUUAUGCGAUGGAAGUUUUCAGCUGGUGGAUGCGGCGGAACAAUUUUGGUCGGUUGUUCGGGCAAGUUGCUCUACAAGUAUAUUGAGGAUGAGAACGCUUCGUGGCCACAUGUAGAUGAUAUCUUGGAUCAGGUGAAGAAGCUCAAUUCGUCAAAUCCUCCCAAGACAUAUCAUAAAACCAAAGUGGGUUCGGAGAUAUCGGCAAAAGAAAAGGACUCCGACAAAGCGUGUUGUAUCAUAUUGUGA